CCAGACCAAGGUGUCGCAUUCGCAUAAUGUUAUAUAUGAUAAGAAUACAGCAGUAAAAAAAAAUGCAAUUAUAUUUAUCAGGAAGAUAUUGCAAUACGAUUUGUUUGGCUUUGACACACUUUAUUCUAAGUCUGACAAUGUGAGUGACAUUAUCACUAUUCUACAAGACAAAGUAACGCAAGUCUAAUGGAUCUGCAAACUCAACAGAAGAUUUUACAAUUUGAGACGUUUGUCAAUGAUGUAUUAAAAGCCGAUCUUGCGAAAUUGGAUGAAAAACUUGAUGCUAAGAACGCUGAUGUUGCCGAAUUUCUACAACUGAAAUCAGUGAUAACUACUUUUCAAAAUACAAACAUCGAAAAAACAGGUUUCAAAACUAAGGUUGAUAUAGGAAAUAAUUUUUUUAUUCAAGCGCACAUUCCAGAUGCUUCAAAGAUUUUAUUAGAUGUUGGUUUAGGACAUUAUAUCGAAUUCGAUUUAAAUGAAGCUUUAAUUGUUAUAAAUAUACGAAUCAAGUUGCUGGAAAGACAGAUUGCUCAUUUGCGAAAAAUGAUUGCAAGAACCAAUGCUCAUAUUAAAUUAACUCUUAUUGUUAUUAGAGAUUUACAAGGAAUUAAAGAAUAUGAUCAAUAGAAACUAUUGUAAUGAAUAAAAGAUGAUUUAAUAUAAGAAUAAAAAAAUAUUAAUAUUAUUAUAUUAUCUUUUUUCUGUUCAAAUAAAAUAGAUAAAAUAGAUAAAAUAGAUAAAAAAGUAGUAUAUGCUAUAAUAAUAAACUUGUUAUAAUGACAGUAUAUAUAUAAUAUAAAUAUAUAUGUUAUAUAUAUAUAUAAAUUUUGUAAAUUUAUUAAUAUAAUAAAAAAUUAUUCUUAAA